AGAAUCAUUCACCAGCGUCGAUGGUUAGACCAUUACUCGCACAAUUAAUGGAAAAUCAUUUAAAAGAAAAAGAAAAUGAUGAUCAAAAUGUCACGUAUUUUAAACGUACAAUAAUACAUGAAAUUAAAGAAAAAUUUAAACUUGGCUGGACUGAAACAAGUUCCGUCUCUGUCAAACAAAUCGCGUCUUUUCUAGAUCCUCGGUAUAAAGAUUUAGAAUUUGAACCGAUUGGUGCAAGAGAAAAAAUUCGAACGGUUGUAAAGGAUUUACUUGAAAGAUUUAGAACCCAAAACAAUAAUUUGGAACAAGAACCACCAGUUCAAAGGAGCGAUCUCGAAUUUUUGUAUGGAAAUAUAAUUACAGACAGUAAUGACAGAAGUAUUCAAUUUCAAAAUUAUAUAGCUGAACCUCAAUUGAGAUUCGAUCUAAAUGCAUUUGAAUGGUGGAAAUUUAGAGAGAAUAAAUAUCCAGCUCUUGCAGAAUUAGCGAAGCAACAUUUAGCUAUUCCUGCCACGUCCGUCAGCUCCGAGAGAUGCUUUUCUACUGCUGGAAACAUAGUUACUUCGAAAAGGACAUGUUUACUGACUAAAAAUGUAAACAUGCUGAUAUUUUUAUACCAAAAUCAAGAAUUAUUGCACUAAAUAUAUUUUUGAGUUUAGAUGAGCAUCACAUGGAUGUAAUUCCAUUAUUAAAUAAUUAAAAAAUAAUUAAAAAUUAUUAAUGAGAUGUGAUUUUGUCCAUUAUUUUGUGUAUCUAUUUGUUAUAAUAUUUACUAAUAUUUACUU